CUUGAUCGUCGCCGGGAAAUUCAUCGGAGUUAUUGAUCUAUUGAUUGGACUAGAGAGGAACGCAGCGGAAAAGCUGUAUGAUCGAUCUGCUUCCGAAUUGAGUCUCCAUGGCUAGUGGAAGCAGCAGCAUCGGAAUCGGUGGUUUGUUUGAGAACGCGGAGGUGACUACGAGUGGAAGACCAGUGCUUCGUCGCAAUGAGGUUGAAUGUUUCCUCCUAUCCUCCGUCGAUAUAGAUUCCGAAGAUGAUCCGCCGCGAUUCACCGCUUUGAGGUCUGGAAAUCUAAUCCUUACCACUCAUCGUCUCAUAUGGAUUCCUUCUCAAUCAAACGGAGCUGUUCCUUCUUCAGUUCCUCUUGCCGCCGUUACUCACAUCUAUUCCCAUAAGAAAUCAAUCAAGUCUAUGUUCCAUUCACCGAGAAUCCGAUUUCAAGCGAAUCCGGGUUCGAUUGUUGUAACGAUUGUCUUUAGGGGGAAAGGGGAUUUUGAUGAAUUUUUGACGAAAUUGUGGGAAUGUUGGAGAGGCAGAGCAUGGGAAGAGGAGGAGAAGAGCGAGAGUGAGACUUCAAGGUCAGGUUCUGGAACUGUUGCGCAAGGUUUGUAUGGAAACGAUGGAACGGUGAGGAUGGUGGGAUUGGCUGGGAUUUUGAGGAAGGAGCAAGAACAGUGGGAGAGCACAGACAAGAGCUUGCAAGAUGCUUUUCAGGAUUUGAAUGCUCUUAUGAGUAAGGCUAAAGAGAUGGUGAGUCUGGCAGAAAAAAUGCGGCAAAAGCUCUUGUCUGCUCCUAGUAGUCAGAACGGUUCAACUGAUGAUGAAGAAAUGGGGUCCAAAGAAGAAAUGCAACAGUGGAUGUUGAGCGUUGGUAUUAUCUCCCCAGUUACAAAGGAAUCUGCUGGUGCAUUGUACCACCAAGAAUUGUCCCGCCAGUUGGCAGAUUUUGUCAGAAUCCCAUUAGAACAAGCUGGGGGGAUGAUCAGCCUUACUGAUAUGUAUUACCACUUCAACCGAGCUCGUGGGACAGAGUUGAUUUCUCCAGACGAUUUGUGGCAAGCGUGUACCCUCUGGGAGAAAUUUGAUGUUCCAGUAAUGCUGCGGAAGUUUGAUAGCGGGGUGAUGGUCAUCCAAAACAAGUCUCACAGCGACGAAGAGGUUAUGAGUAGAAUUAGAAUGCUUGUGACAAAAACUGAAACUCUUAAAGUUGGAGUCACUGCUAGUGAUGCAGCUUUGACGCUGAAGAUCGCUCCUGCCAUGGCUAAGGAACAUCUACUAACUGCAGAGACCAAAGGUUUGCUAUGUAGGGACAUGAGCCCAGACGGGCUUCGAUUCUAUUUCAACCUGUUCCCCGAGAUCGAUCCCACUAAUAUCCAUAUAGUCAAGGACUUUGGGACGUACGGUGAAUGGAUCAAAGCGACCAGUUUGUUGUCUGUAUGACAAAGCUUUUUGAUGUAGACUAUUUGUAAUAAUAACACAUACAAAACAUACAAACAUAAAUUUGGAUUUUUGAC